GACACUCGGUGGCCGAUAAGGCCAGCUCCAGGGGCCAAAAGCCCUCGGUGCAACGAGGCCAGAAGCAGACACGCUUCAGCAGCCGUCGUGUGACGACGUUCAUCCGAAGCUCCCUCACUCAGUCAGUCCUAUCCUGGGCGCUGCGCGGCGCUAACACUUCCGAGCAGGCACUGGUGAGGCGGGCGACCCCGUGAAUCCGGGAGAAGAGACCAGCCAGGCGAAGUUGAGCAGCAACUGGCUUUUGAAAAGACUCUCUCGCCGACGCUACCGUCGAGUCCAAGCUGUCCCAUGGUGAUCAAGAGCGGAUAUGUGGACGUGAAGCUGCCACAAAGCGCCCGAAACAGCUCCACUUGGAAGAGCUGGAAGCGGAAAUGGGUCGACCUGACCCAGCUGGAGUCGGCGUUGGGCCAGCCGUGCGACGUGCUGCUCGAGGUGCGCGCCCACCGCAACUCGGGCGUCCAGGCUCGCGGCACGCUGUCGCCCAAGAACGCCCAGGUGUUCCGGUGCGGCUCGAGCUCGCGAGAGUUCGCCCUGGCCGUGCGCUCGGGCCAGCGGCCGCCCAUGGUCUACCUGGCCGGCGAGAGCGAGACGCAGAGCCAGGAGUGGAUGGCCGCGUUGCGAGCGCUGCUCUGGCCGCCCGUGCCCAUGGUGGAGCUUGAGAACGUACUGGGCUUCAAGUUCGAGGCCUCGCUCAUCGACGACGCAUGGAGCGGCCGCGCUGGCCUCUUGGGCAGCUACGGUAACCUGUCCAUCAGUGGUCACAAACUUAUCCUUACACAUCCGCACACGGAGCACGUGAUUCAGGAGUGGUACCUCAACACCCUCGUCCGGUUCCAGGUCUCGCGGAACAAACACGAGGCGGACCAUGGCAAACUACUAGCAAUCGAGUGUGGAAGCGAGAGCUCGACCGGGAGAGGCGUGCUCCACUUCUACUGUCCGGAAGCGCUCAACUUUGUCUACACGCUGCGCGGCGUCGUUCAAGGCAUUCUCAAGCGCAUGACACCCGAACAGUACAGCUGGAAAGAAGUACAUGAGAUGCGUGGCCACCUUCCUGCGCGACGCCAAGGCUCCGCUCAGCAGCAUCGCACGGCCGCCGUUGAAGACAGCAACGGCUACAGUGUGCCGAAAACCAACGCCAUCUCCGUGCUGCAGAUGCCCACCUUCAAGGGGCCUCUGCCUUCUCCUAGACUGGAUGAAGUGCAGGCGUUCCCCUGCUCCCGCCAGUCCCAUCUGUCCAUUUCCACUUUCGACUCCGGAAUCUCCAUUACGUCCGCUAACGCCGACAGCGAACUUGAGUCGCCCAUGUCCGAGGUGGCGUUCAGCGUCUGCAGCGACAUGGACGAACGCAUCUACGAGAAGCUCGAUGACGUGCUGCUGAGAAGGGCAUCGCUGGAGAAAGAGGAUGACAUACCGCCACCACUGCCUCCCAAAACUCACAGGCGGCGCAAGUCGGAGCCAGCCAAGACAGCGUCCGUUGAAGAAACUGCGAGCGUGGUUGAGUCGUCCCCCAACGAACGGACACUGAGGCCGUACUCGAUGCCAGCCGAUAUGGGGUCCUGUCCCAACCAAGGUGGCACGCACGUCUCGCCGUACGGGUCCAUAACAAAGGCCACUGCCGCGAACAGCCAGAUUGCGGACGACACCGCAACGCCUGCUGCUACAGAAGCGCACGACCUUAGGGAUGCGGGCGCCCCGUCGUCUCAGCAGACGCAUUGCCUUUCUCCUCGCGACAAGAAGAAUGAAGACGCCGACAUGACUUCUCGAGCAACCACGGUUUUAACUGGAGAAGAUUGCGUCUCCACAAGUGAAACACUACAUGCAUGCAAGAGAACAGCGCGGCCAAGAAGCCACCUGUAUACCGCAGUCGACUGCAAGAACGACUGCCAAGUUAGCCUAACCGUUGGAAAUCUCGCCGAAGAAAGUCGGCUCCAAGAUAGAAUUCGUUCCCAUUCGUUGGUUUUGUGCCCUGAAAUGCUUAGGCAGAUGAGACGACAGCGAGCGUGUAGCUUGCCCAGCCUGUUCCUACGCUGAAGUUUGUGCCAUGUAACCACCGUUUUUUAACGCUAAGUGCUUAUUUAUCAAUGAUGCGCAAUGUAUACCGCAUUAUGCCGCCUAUUCUGCAAUAGCCAGAGAGAGUAUUUUUAGGCCAUUUCUGCACACAAUCGCGACAUGUAAAGGUAUCGCGUCUGCAAGAAGUAACAUUGCUCCUUUUAAACGAAGCAAGCUAAUGUCGAGCUUGGUGCUCACUAACUUGUGCGAAGCGAAAAUAUUGUCUUGUGGUCAAACCGAUAUUUGUCUUGUGCAUGCCGACGUGUGAUAAUACUCUGUUCAUUUCCAGUUUCUCUUAAGCUAUCUGGGUACGUAACUGCGGCUGUACCCUGAAAUCUCAGGCCCGAGCACCUAUGUCCUCCUUUGCUCCAUAUCGUGAACCUGCACAUUCACUUCUGGUUCUCUUAGGCAUUUAUGAAAAAAUAUAUAGAAAUAUACUAUUAUAGUAUGCGUAGACUCGACGGUCACUAAGACCUCAUCAAGAACAUCACUCGUUGUGUGACGUUUUGCGCCUGCGUGGCGUAAGUUUUUUUUUUUAAAUACUGAUAUGUUGAAGCCUUCAUUGUUCUUGCGCCAUGUAGGGCACAUACUGACGGGAACAAUAUGAACACUGACUGGGAACAGAAGACACAAACUGUGUGUCAGUUUCGCGCUUCUUGGUGUCAGUUCGUAUCAUCGGUUUCCAGUUAGUGUUCAUCUUCUCCCGCCAGUGUGUGCCGUACAUGGCGCAAGAACAAUGAAUCUACACCAACUAGCCAAUUCAUCGCUCUGGUAAAUGCUGCAGCCUAUCACUAGUUACAAAGAGUAGUAAGAGUAUCGUUUACUUUACAUCGCUACUAAAUACAUAUACAUAUUGAACAUGAACUACUUGAAAUGUACACAUCGUGAACAUAAAAAUGGCGCAAAGCCAUUUAAUUCUAAAAAUACUACAACUAUCUCUAGUGCCGCCAAUAACAGACUGCAACAAGCAGGUGUAUAUAGCACAUCACAGAAACCACCCCAUAGGAAAAUACAAAACACGAGUAAAUUGAAGGCAGCAAUCGGUAUUAAAUAUUCUCGUAGUGGGCUCCGUUGCUUUUUUUCUUCUGUGCUUGAUUAUAAUAUUAGGCUAUAAUAUUGUAAUAUAAACAGUGUCACUGUCGCUGGUUGUAAAAAAAAAAAAGAGGUGUUCGAACACGCACUCGUUGAUACAUUAACUGGCGCUGCUAUUCAGAUGACAACGAGACAGAUCAUAUCGCUCUACGGUGUAGCCUAGGGGAUGGUUUUGACGUGCAGACUAAGCAUCGUUAGGCAAAGUGCAAUUUUGUCUAAGAUCAUUUUCUUCAAAUAAAUAGUGAUAUCUAUCACGAGUACUUAACUAAUAGAAACUUAUUUAAUCUCAUUAUAAAGAGCACGAUGUGAAGAUAAGACGGCUCUAGCUAUGCUAUAGGGGCUCAAGAAGCAGCUCAGAAAAAUUUACUUCCUGCUUUAGAUGUUGAAAAGUUAUGCGCCUUGAAUAUAUUGUCGUAGUAGAAAAUAAAGCGCCUCCACACAGGAAAAUGAAAGCAUAAUAAUACUUAGUAGCAGGGUGACUGUUACCGACAAUGAUCGGUAACAGCACUACGAAUGCUAACAGUUUAUUCAGCGUCACUUCUAGGUGAUACGACGUGAUUACCUCAGAUGUAGACCUUGAGAGCUAAGCCUACUACUAGUUUGCCUAAUUCGCUCACAUUUUAGGCUUGCAUAAGCGAAUGGUGAAUAUUUUUACGGCUGCGAAAUGCUGGACGCGUUUCUGAACUCUCUCAGUAUGACAUAUUUGACAAGUAGCGAAAUUUUAGGGUACUUCCCUUUGACCACUUUGGACACUUAGGAAUCACUUGCAUGAGCAAUGCAAUUACGCUCAACUGCUAUAACCAGUGGUUAGCUCCGACAACAAGAAAGAGAAGACAGUGGCAGACUACACAAAAGCACUGCAGAAAGACUUUGGGACUUUACCUGAAAAUUAUGUGAAGGAUGCAGCGAACUCGUUGUGCAUUAAUUGUAGAUCUGGUAAAACAGCGUUCAAAAGUUAUCGCUUUCAAGCCAUUCGUGAUGCUGAAAGCAACAAUGAGGGCUGGAGGCGCACUGUACUUUCGACAGGCUUGUCGGAAGGCUGACAUGGCGCGUCGGGAACGCGCAGUGACCGUUGCAGCCGCUGUUGUAAUUUAGUAAUCGUCGGAAAGCGUGAAAGCCUGAUCAUAUACAUAGGAACCGAACGGUUGUACAUGUUUUGACAGGAGAAACCUCAGCGGACGUGCAUGCAUGACGUCAUCAUCCGGUCGGACUCAUGUCCUCGCUUUCCGCCUGUCGCGAAGUACUGUGCCAUGGUGUCGCAUGGCCAGGAUGGGGCGCUUUAACGCGCGUGCUUAGCGGCAUUUCUACCUAUUGGGACCACCGCUGAAUUACAAGCGGCCAGCGUACCUCAUAUAUUAUUUGUUUAACACCAGUGUGUCGUCAUGAUUACUUAUUUCACUCAUCGAGUCCACUUUAUCUCUCAGUGUGUAUUUGAAGGUGCAUUCUGUAUUAGCGUGUGUAUGCAAGUGCGUCAGGAUAUUGCUAUACGUUGAAAGCAAGGACGUGUACAUAUGUACCAUUUUCAUUUUGUACCAUAAAAAAUUCAUUCAUAAUAAAUGCAUCUUCAAGAAACUGG